AUGUUAUUGAUAUGUUUUCUAGUAAAUGCAUUUUCAUUUUCCCCAAUCAGGAUCUGACAGUAUCACAUUAAACUAUAAUACGAGUGGAAAUUGUACAGAUCAAACCUUUACCAUUACAUGUCGUCUCAAGGAUCUGCCACAAUUACAGGAUUACAGUUAUAGCUAUAGCAGCGUCACAGUUAAGAUAAGCUCAGAAACAUAUGACUGUCGAAAUGAAGAACUUGGAGUUGGAAAAACAAAUGACAUGAGGACAGGAGUCUGUGGAAAAGGCAUGAAAGGCACUGUAACUUACAAAUGUGAAUCAAAUGUUUGGAAACCAGCAGAGGACAACUGUGUACUUGAAGUUAUCGACAACCUUAAAAAUAAACUUGAGUCCUUGCGUGUGGAAGAGAUUCCAGGGUUUAUGGCUAACCUCAGUUUUGCCACAUCACAGAAUAAUAUUAGUAUAACCCAGUCUGCUGCUACUGUCCAAGCAAUUGUUGACAUUCUCUUUAAAAUUGCCGACUUGUCACGAACUAUUGUCAUCAGAAAAACAGUGAUGGAGAGUUUCCUAAACACAGUGGACAUUAUUGUAUCUGGUAAUGUCAGUGACACAUGGAACAAACUGAACAAAGGCAACAACACAGAAAACUCCAGCAUUAAACUUCUGAGUGCUAUUGAGUAUAUAAGUGACCGUCUCGCAGAUGAAUUUGAUGUUUAUGAAACAUCCAUUCAGCUGAACAGAACCACAAUUAAAAACUCAUUCAGUAUAACAUCAGCACUGCCGAACUCAACUACAGAGAUUGUGAUACCACAGGUUCCUCAAGAGACAACCAUAACCAUCAUAAUCUUCACAACUCUUGACAACGUCCUACCUUCUCAAGGUACUAACGACAGCAGGAAAUCAGAUGUGCGCAUCAAUGGAGAUGUGGUUGUUGUUAAGGUUAAUGAAACACUUAACAACAUUUCUUUUACAUUUGACAUUACUAAUCAGUCUCUGGGAAAUCCUGAGUGUGUCUUUUGGAACUUCAGUCUCAACACAUGGGACUCCACCGGAUGUGAAGUAAAGCCCUAUAUAAGUGAAGGGAAUGAAACUGGCAAAAUAUCAUGUGAAUGCAACCACACAACCUCUUUUUCAAUCCUAAUGUCACCGUUUUUAAUUGAUCACAUAGCCUUAGCCUAUAUAACUUACAUUGGUGUAACUAUUUCAAUGGCCAGUUUGAUUAUAUGCCUCAUUAUUGAGGCUAUCGUAUGGAAAUCAAUAAGCAGAAAUGACACAUCCUACAUGCGACAUGUCUGCAUAGUCAACAUUGCCGUGUCCCUGCUGAUCGCAAACAUCUGUUUUAUCAUUGGAGCUGCAAUCACAAAACCCUCUGCGGGUAGCUGCAGUGCAGUGGUUUUCUUCAUGCACUUUUUUUACCUGGCUCUUUUCUUCUGGAUGUUAAUUUCAGCGCUGUUGCUCUUGUACCGUACAGUCAUGGUCUUGUCUCAAAUGUCAAGGGCCAAAAUGAUGGUCAUUGCCUUCAUAGUCGGUUAUGUUGCACCUUUGCUCAUAGCGGUCAUCACUGUUGCAUCAACAGCUGGAUAUGAAAAGUACAGUUCCAGACAAGCCUGCUGGCUAAACUGGUUUGAAUCAAAUGGCCCGCUGGCAUUUGUGAUUCCAGCUCUCACUAUUGUAGCCAUAAACCUUUUGGUUUUGAUUGUGGUUCUGUACAAGAUGGUGAGGAGAGGAGUUGGUGCUGCAACUCAACCAGAUGAGAAACAUGCCCUGGUGGUCAUUGCCAGAUGUGUGGCCAUUUUGACUCCUCUCUUUGGUCUAACAUGGGGAUUUGGAAUUGGAACCAUGGUGUCACAAGAUUUAGGCAUUCAUGUGGUGUUUGCACUCCUCAAUUCACUGCAGGGGUUCUUUAUUUUGGUGCUUGGAACGCUUUUAGACAGCAAGGUUCGCGAGUCACUACCAGGAAAACGGUUCCUACAGAAACUUUCCAGUCGUACCAAGAGCACAAGCGCAGGAUCAUCAACCACUUCUGGACUGCCUUUCUUACAAAGAAAGCGACGGAGGAAUGCCUACAACAUAUCCGAAGCAAAUACAUCUUCAGACAACACCAGUGGAUCAAAUGCUGUUAUUAACACUUAAAGUACCGAAAAGUGUUUGUGUUACUAUAUGUUCUGAAUGAUUUGUUUAAAAGUAAUAUUACAAUAUGCCUUUGUUGUGUAACACACUGUGAACGCAGAGAUUGGGGUAUAGACUUUUGUGUUUUUUUUGUUUUUUUUAACCAAUUGAGAGUAAGUUUCCUUUGUUCGUGAAGUUCACUUUUUUUAUAUCAGACAUUUUAAUCCUGUUUUUCUGAGAGACUGACAACAGGGUAGAACCAGGGUAAAUGGGUGUUUUACAAGAUAGAGGGAUUUGAGUAAAUAUUUAGGUUUCAAUGAAGAUGCUGAACUUGAGGAGUUUCUUCUUGACAGGUAAGCUAAACUCAAGUUUUUGCCAACCAUUUUUGCAAUGACGAAUGCAUUUCCAUUCAUCAAGAUUUGUACAGGGUUCUUACCAUUCAUAUAAUGUUUUUAACAUUAUAAAUGAAUUAUAUGUUAGUAUAUACAUACUGCCCUUCAGUCAGAGUUAGAAAUGUCAAGAUAUGAAGGGAAAAAUGCUCCUGUAUGUGUUCUUGUUUUAUAUAUUUAUAUAUAUAUUAUAUUCUAUAUAUUCUGAAUAUGUGAUUUUAUACAAUAGUUCAAUAAACAAGAGUUAUUAGCUACUAAAUUACAUUUUAGACACAUUGUCAAUAUUGACACAAGCAGUUUUAAACAAAGCAGAACUGUUGUGCUUGCCCUAGACACACAUAACACACAAAGGUGUUAUGUUUUGUUUCUGAAUGAUUCUGUGAUUUUGAACAAAUCAGGUGAAUCAGUGAUUCACUGAGCCAUUCAUAAAAACAGCCAUUUGGAAUGAAUCUGUUAAUAAAUGAUUCAGUGACUCAAUCAUUAAGACUUGCUGCCACCUCCUGGUGGUUUUAGUUUCUCAUUUAAAAGUAGAUCUAGACCUAUUCAUAUUUCUAUAUUCAGACUUAUAUAAUUAAAACAUUAAUCUCACAGGCCUAUUAUUUAUGCAGUUGCUGCAUAAAUGCAUUAAUACCACAUCUAAAUGUAACAAUUCAGCUUCUUUGCUACUGUGCAGUGCUAAGAUGGAUUUGAUUUUGUUCAACUGUUAACAAUAGCCAGUUAUUCAUACU